AUGAAUAACGAGGAGAGCCAACUACGGCUCUAUUAUUAUGACUACUUAGCUACAAGGUUAUUUCCUCUCUAUAAACUUAACCCCGAGGAUACGAUUCCGCUACUCUUAUAUAGUAGCUAUAUAUCACGGAAGAAUAUAGCUAAGGAGAUUAAGAGCUAUCUAGGUAUUGAGAGGCAUAAUACUCAGAUCUUGUUUAUAAUACUAAUAAAUAUAGAUACUAUUGCUCUUGCGAACCGUCUAGAUAGACUUCCACUAGCAAUAGCUAUUGCUAGAGCGUUUAUACGUGAAACUGGAACUAGUGUUCAUAAUAUUACUAAUUAUCUUGGUCCGACCUAUAGCUACAAUCAAAUCCUGAACGCCAGUACUAGCAAGCUUAAGUGCCCUAAUCUGGCUGAAAAGGACAAUAUUAAGUGCACUAGCGUUCAAAGCUACAGAGAGAAGAAUAUAGAUCCUCUCUAUCUUAACGCACUAGCGCUUAUAUCUAUUAGGUACACUGUUCCUAGGGUAGAUAAUAGAAAAUAUCUCGAGCUUCAGCAGCGGCUUCUACCGCACGCGAAAUAUGUGGGCCAUAAGGACUGGUUAGAGGAAAAUAUUAGAAAAUCACUGGCUGGCAAGGAGAGAGUCUUAGGUCAAAAUCAUCCUUCCACGCUUGAUAUAGUUAGCGAUCUAGGGAACCUCUAUAGAGAGCGAGGGAAGCUUGAGGAGGUGGAAGAUAUUUACCAGCGAGCAAUAGCUAGCUAUAAGGAGGCUCUCGGUCCGGAUCACCUAUCUACUUUUAAAGCAGUCGGCAACCUCGGGAAUCUCUAUAGAGAUCAGGGGAAACUUAAGGAGGCUAAGGAGAUAUACCAGCAAGCACUCGCUAGCAAAGAGAGGGUCCUCGGUCGAGAAAAUACUAGACCUCGCUUCGGGUCGGGUUUGGGUCCAACUUCAGGACCCGUACCCGCGGGUCGGGUUCAUACCCAAUACCCAAAACCUAUACCCGUAGACCCGUGGGUUCUUGGCGGGUACCCGCGGGUUACCCGCCAAGAACCCGUUUUGGCAUAA